AUGGCAUCUUUUUCAUUAAAUAGUGAUAAUACAGAUAAUAUUAAUAACAGUAAUAAUAUAAAAUUAGGGGAGGAAAAUAAUAAUAUACCCAGUUUAAUAUUAAAUCAAUUUGAUAAAAUAAAAUUAAAUAUUGAAUCAGAUUUUAAAAAUAAUAAUAAUAAAAAUAAAAAUUUAAUAAAUUAUAAUAAUAAAAAUAAUAAUAAAAAUUCAAUAAUAAAUAAUAUAAAUAAAAAUAAAAAUCAUUAUUCAUACCAUCAAAUAUGCUAUGAACCAAAAUUUAAUAAAAAUAAAUUAAUUAAAAUUUGUAAUAAAAAUGAAACAAUUUUAAAUAAUCAAUUAUAUUAUUGUGAUAAUGUUCAUUUUCAUAAAAAGUGUUAUUUUGACAAGAAUGAUAAUGGUCUUUGUAUUUGGUCAUGGGAAUUUGGUAAAAAUGUAGUGAUAACAAGAUGCUUAACUCAAUUUAGUUUUUCAUUGGAUUCAACAGAAAAAGGUAUAGAUCUUUACAUUGGAAAUGAAUUUUUUAAGGGUAAUAAAGACAAAAAUGUUACAGAAUAUGUAAAGAGGAAUUUCUACAAAUUACCAAUAGAUAAAAUACUUGGUAGCAUAUUCAAUUUAGAGAUGGAUUUAAGUGAAUAUACAAUUGGUUUUGGUAAAUUAUGUAUAGUAUGUAUAAUGAAUGGUGGAAAUUUUAAUGAAUUUGGUUCAAAUCAAGACAAUAAUACUUUUAAUUGUACUUUCAAACUUUGUGAAAAUUUUCAAAUCAAUAAUAGUAAUAAUAGUGAUAAUAGUAAUAGUGAUAAUGAUAAUAACAAUCAAAAUAAUAGUUCAAAUAAAGAAUCAUUUUGUUUUAUUAAAAAAGAUAUCAGUGUAAAAUCAAUUGAAAAUAGUAAUACAUCAUCAAGCAAUUGGGUAUUAACAAAUAAACAGUCUUUGGUAAUAAAUAAUAAUAACAAUUGUAAUAGUAAUUCUAAUAGUAAUAGUAAUAUUUUUUGUUUAUUUGAUUCUUCCCCAGUUCAAUCAUUACCACCUCAACAUUUUCAACAAAUUAAUUUUGAUAAUAGUCUCAGUAUCAACGUCAAUAAUAAUAAUAAUAAAUUAUCAAUCAAUGGUGAGAAAUCGAUUUCGAUUAAUCGUACAGAAUGGGAAUUGGUUGAAGAAGGUUAUUUAAAUUAUGAGUCACUAGAAUAUGUAUUGAAAUUGGUUUAUUUUACAAGCUAUGAAAGUUUAAGUUAUGAAAAUUUCAAAUCGAUUUCACCAGAACGAAUCACCUACACAAUCUAUAUAUGUCAACAUUUAUCAUUCUGUAAAUUAUUGAAAUUGUUUGAAAGAUUUAUAUUUGAAAAUGUUGAUUAG